GUCGGGCUCGCCAACAUGGCUCUUGCUCGCCUCCAGUCUCUGGGGCGACAAAGCUUCCUUCGCCCUUGCAUACGACCAUUCUCGACAACGCCAACGUCAAGGUUCACCAACUCAAAACCUUGCAACGCCGUCGCUGCUCCCGCUGUUGGGGAUUACCAGCCAAAGGACGGGGAACAUGUGUUGAACUCUCCUUCAGAAAUCGCCAGGCGUAUCUCUGCAAAGGUACUGCCUAAGAUUCCCCGUGCCAACGUCCAAAAGGUUCUCGUCGUCGGCAGUGGAGGCCUCAGCAUUGGUCAAGCUGGUGAAUUUGACUAUUCCGGUUCCCAAGCUCUCAAGGCCCUCAACGAAGAGGGUGUCUCCGCCGUUCUCAUCAACCCCAACAUUGCUACGUGGCAAACAUCUCACCAACUUGCUUCCGAGGUCUACUUCCUCCCCAUUACUGCCGACUAUGUCGCGUAUGUUUUGGAGAAGGAGCGACCGGAUGGUAUCUUGUUGACUUUUGGUGGCCAAAGUGCCCUCAACGUUGGUAUUGCACUUGACCGCAUGGGUAUCCUCGACCGUCUUGGUGUCAAGGUUCUCGGAACGCCUAUUCGCACUCUGGAAGUGUCCGAGGAUCGUGACCUCUUCGUACAGGCUUUGAAGGAGAUUGACAUUCCCGUUGCGACAUCGACCGCGGUGUCGUCAGUCCCUGCUGCACUUGAGGCAGCGGAACAAAUUGGUUAUCCCGUCAUUUUGCGAUCGGCUUUCACUCUCGGUGGUCUCGGUUCUGGUUUCGCCAACAAUCCUGAGGAAUUGAGCAACCUUGCUGCAAAGAGCUUGAGCUUGUCUCCCCAGGUUUUGAUUGAACGAUCCAUGAAAGGCUGGAAGGAAUUGGAAUACGAGGUCGUUCGUGACGCUGCGGACAAUACUAUCAUCUGCUGCAACAUGGAGAACUUUGACCCUCUUGGAACACACACUGGCGAUUCCAUCGUUGUCGCACCGUCCCAAACGCUGCCCGACGAUGAAUACCACAUGCUUCGCAGUGCUGCUCUUAAGGCUAUCCGGCAUUUGGGCGUCGUUGGCGAGUGUAACAUCCAGUAUGCACUCAACCCGACCUCACGGGAAUACUGUGUUAUCGAAGUCAAUGCUCGUGCCCUCGCUUCAAAGGCUACCGGUUAUCCUCUGGCUUACACUGCUGCCAAGAUCGCUCUCGGUUACACCCUCCCCGAGCUUCCCAAUGCCGUCACGAAGACCACCACGGCCUGCUUCGAACCCUCUCUGGACUACAUUGUCACGAAGAUUCCCAAGUGGGACUUGGCCAAGUUCUCGUCUCAGGUCAACCGUGAAGUCGGUUCAUCCAUGAAGUCCGUCGGUGAGGUCAUGGCUAUCGGUCGCACCUUCGAAGAGAGUUUGCAAAAGGCUAUUCGUCAAGUCGAUCCCCGAUGGAAGGGUUUCGAGGUCGUCAUCGAACCCAAGGACCUCGACCAUGCUCUUUCUGUCCCUACGGAUAUGCGUCUCUUUGCCAUCGCCUAUGCCAUGUACAAGAAGAACUACUCCGUUGACAAGAUCCACGACUUGACCAAGAUUGACAAAUGGUAUUUGCACAAGAUCGACAACAUCGUCCAAACCCGUCAUGCCCUUGAAGCUGCUGGCUCGGUUGAGAACAUCAGCUACGACCUUAUGCUCCGUGCUAAGAAGAUGGGCUUCGCCGAUGCUCAGAUCGCCGACAUCUUUGGUUCCACCGAGCAAAUUGUUCGCGCUCACAGGAAGUCCCUCAACAUCACGCCCUUCGUCAAGCGUAUCGACACUCUCGCGGCUGAGUAUCCUGCUCACACCAACUAUCUCUACACCACCUACAAUGCCUCUGAACAUGAUGUCAAGUUCGACGAACAUGGCACCAUCGUUCUUGGAAGCGGUGUUUACCGUAUUGGUAGCAGUGUUGAGUUCGAUUGGUGUGCUGUCACCUGCGCUCGCAAGCUCCGUGACAUGGGCAACAGGACUGUCAUGAUCAACUACAACCCCGAAACUGUCUCCACGGAUUUCGACGAGGCCGACCGUCUGUACUUCGAGGAACUCGGUUAUGAGCGUGUGAUGGAUAUCUACGAAUUGGAGCAGGCACAAGGUGUCGUCGUUAGCGUCGGUGGUCAACUUCCUCAAAACAUUGCUCUGCGCCUUAAGGAUGCUGGUGUCAAUGUUUUGGGUACUGACCCCGCCCAAAUCGACAAGGCUGAGGACCGACACAAGUUCUCCUCCAUCCUCGACAGUGUCGGCGUCGACCAGCCCGAAUGGACUGAGGUGACUUCCGUCGAAGCUGCCAAGGAAUGGGCCAAGAAGGUUACCUACCCUGUCCUCAUCCGGCCGUCCUAUGUCCUCUCUGGUGCUGCCAUGAACGUCGUCUACGAAGAGUCUGAGCUCGAGCACAAACUCUCUGCCGCUGCCGACGUCUCUCCUCUCCACCCCGUUGUCAUGACCAAGUUCAUUGAUGGUGCCCAAGAAAUUGACGUUGACGCUGUUGCACACAAGGGUAAACUCCUCGUCCAUGCUGUCUCCGAGCACGUCGAGAACGCUGGUGUUCACUCUGGUGACGCCACCCUCGUCCUCCCUCCCUUCUCCCUUGCCCAGAGCGACAUCGAGCGUGUCAAGGUUAUCGCCGAGAAGGUUGCUGCCGCCUUUGAAAUUUCAGGACCCUUCAACAUGCAGAUCAUCAGGAAGCCCACCUCCUCGCCUGAUGAAGUUGCCGAACUCAAGGUCAUUGAGUGCAACCUCCGUGCAUCGCGAUCGUUCCCCUUCGUUUCCAAGGUUUUGGCCCACAACUUCAUCGACACCGCCACUUCUGCUAUCGUUGGCCAGCAAGUUCCUGAACCCGUCGACUUGAUGAAGCAACAGCGAGACUACACCGCCAUCAAGGUCGCUCAAUUCUCGUGGACUCGAUUGGGUGGUGCUGAUCCUUUCCUCGGUGUUGAAAUGGCCAGCACUGGUGAAGUCGCAUCCUUCGGCAAGGACGUCUAUGAGGCAUAUUGGGCAUCCCUCCUCAGUACCACCGGCUUCAAGGUUCCCAAGGCUGGCUCUGGUGUCCUCAUCGGUGGUGACAUCCGCAAGCCCGAGAUGGCCCGCAUCGCGAAGAAGUUGACUGAUCUCGGCUUCAAGAUCUACGUCUCUUCCCCUGUGGUCGAGGAACACCUCAACGCCAUCCCCUAUGUCGCCGCUAAGCGAAUCUUCUUCCCCAAGACUGACAAGCGCAAGCUCAGGGAAGUGUUCGACGAGUACGAAAUCCAGAUGGUCGUCAACCUUGCCAAGUCUCGAGGCACCACUUUCACUGAUGAAGACUAUGUUGCUCGACGAAACGCCGUCGACUUCGGUCUUCCUCUGUUGAACGAUGCCAAGACUGCUGAACUCUUCGUCGAGGCUCUCGCUCGCAAGAUUCCUCAGGGUGGCUUGAGGCCAUACACCGAGGGAAGGAUACCAUCCGAAGUCCGCUCCUGGAGCGAAUUCGUUGGCGCCCGCGUGUAG